UCGCGGCUCGCGUCAGUUCGGCUCCGACCCCGUCGCAGAGCACACGCACCCCUCGUCCUGCGGCCGCCGCUCGCCAUGCUCCGAUCUCAGUGAGUGCAAGCAAAAACUCGAGAGUCAGCCGUCGCGGAGACGUCAUUUUUCAAAAUGCAGCCCAACCUCUGUCUCGCCGGCGUCGCUUUUUUCGCCCUGCUCACCGUGCAAGGUGGCUUGGCGCUGAAAGACGUUCGAUUGGUUACCCGUCCCGGAAACGGCGUGGUGCGGCGAGGAAGCGCCAUCACUCUAAUUUGUGAGUACGACCUCGAGGGAGCGCCGCUCUACUCCGUCAAGUGGUACCGAGGCAACCGCGAGUUCUUCAGGCAUGUGCCCAACGAGACGCCAUCCACCGAGAUGUUUCCGUUUCAGGGGCUGAAUAUCGACAGGGAACAAUCUCACGACAACAAAGUUCGGCUGGUGGACGUUGGCUUCAAUUUAGCUGGCAACUACAGCUGCGAGGUGUCCGCAGACGCGCCCUCUUUCAGCACCGACUUCGUGUCGCAUUACAUCACAGUCGUAGCGCUGCCCGACAAGAGACCUGUGGUGACUGCCGAACGGCCUGAUUACGAAGUCGGCGACGUGCUCAGGGCAAACUGCACGUCAGGAAUCUCCAGACCCAGUGCCAAUCUCACUUUCUACAUCAACGAUGUGCCGGUGAGUGCGGACGACGUGCGUCACUUCCCGGCGCGCCUGACCACCGACCUAAUGGAGUCCUCACAGAUUGGCCUGGUGCUCACACUCCGCCCUUUCCACUUCACCUCGCAGAGCCGCGUGACCAUCCGCUGCGACGCCACCAUCCUCAAUGCCUACGCGGAGACGGCCAAAGUCACUGUCAAGUCGCGACUGGACGUGCCGCUGCACGCCAGAGACCUGCCCGUUAGCAGUGCGGCCGCCAUUGAACCCAAACCGGAGAGAGUGACAUCUCCGAACAGGACGGGGUCUGCUUUGCUGGCGAGCGGACCAUUCUGGCGGGCGAACCUGGUGAUGUGGGUGGCGCUGGUGCUGGUGGUGUGCAGCUAGUCGCCCUGACUCGCCCUCAGCCUGACCCCCCGCCUGCCCACCCCUAGUCGCUAAUCAGGCGUGUCCGAUUUCGCCGAGUGCAGAUUCCGCGCGUGUUAAAAUCCAAUUGACUCUUUGUGCGAGAGUGACUUUUUUAAUACUCUCUCUCUCUCUCUCUCGGCGGUGUCAAUCACAUUCACUACACACAUUGCUCUCUUUCUCUCUCUUUCGCGACUUGUCAACCAAAAAAUAUCCACCCAGUGCACAGAAACAUGUUCGCACGCAGCAAUGGGAAAAUUCGUUUCAUCUCGCUCUCAAAAUUUUCCGUUUUGUGUGUAAUUCCAGUGGACAGCGCGACCCUCUCCAGGAAUUCCCAGUCUUGAAUGUUUCAAUUCUACUGAUGCACUAGUCGAUCCAUUUUAAAUUAGUGUUUUGUAUGUACGUAAAAACGAAAUAUUUUCUAUUGCAAUCAGAGUUGUGCAAUGAAGGAAGAACUGGAUUCAAUUCAUUUUUGCCGCUGGAUUUGCAGCGGAGUUUUGCAUUUGUAGAAAAGAGAGACGAAAACCCGAAAACAAUAAAAAACGUAAAUAAAUGCUUUGGUGGCUAUAUGUGACUAAAAAUUGUAUGACAGCCGAGCAGGGGUGACAGAAUAGUCACUACUUUCUUGAAGCCAGAUCGAAACUGUGGAGAGCAGACGGACUCUUUAAAUGUGCGCUGGCGUCACGUACGAAAUUCGACAAGUGAAAAGGUGAUUUGAGUUGCAUUUACUCGACGAAAAGAAGAUAAGAAGCAUCUCUACUAUUAGGGCUGUUUAUGUCUAAGUAACGUUUAAGGUAAGAUUCCAGCAAGGCCAACAUCGUAAUUUAGUUCUUAAGUGUUAGAAUUGUGGAACUGUGAACUAAAAAAUGUAAAAGAAAUACGAUGGCGAAAAGGUGGACGAAAUGUCGUGUAAAAUUGAAAACGCCGUUGCAUGAAACUUUAAAAAAAUGUUCGUAGCAUGAAAAGAGCCCAAAAAUCUCGACCGUCUCAUAACUUUCUGUGUACAAUUAUCUCUGAGCAUGGAAAUAUAAACUUAUUGUGCUUGUAAGAAAAAGCUAUUAUUAGCAAUUAUUUGUCAGCAGCUUUUUAACCAAUUAUUUCAAAAAACAUUGUAAAUAUAAAACAAAAACUAAUUUUCAUGCAAAGGAUGAAAUGUGGAUUUUAACCGUCACAAAUAAAUAAUGAAUUUUCGUUCUGCAUACACGUAUUUAAUGAGAUUAUAAUGUCAAAAUUCAAACUCAAUGAAAAUGUUCAAAUCACGUUAACCUUUCCUUCGAAAUUGAGCUAUAUUAUAUGUGUUAGCGACAUAAAUUCGUAAUGCUUGUUUCGCUUCAAUGGCGGUGGAUAUAUUUGUGUACAUCAUGUAGAGUGUCAUCUAUUGCUAUUUACCAUGAUUUUAAUUGGCAAAACUUAAACACAAUUUACGGAAAUUAUUAGAGAAAGAAUACCCUGUAAUUGAAGUUGUUAAUAAAAUUAAAAAAAUAA